AUGCAAACCCUCUUAUUGUCCUUUUUAUUGUUCUUGUUAUUAUUAUCAUGUGCACCUCAGCAAUUAGCCUCUUCCAAACACUUUCUCAUUCAAACCAACAACAACAACAACAGAAGGAUCCUCCAUGAACCCUUUGUGCCAAUGAACACUCUUUCUCCAAAUGAUCCACCAAAACCUCAUUCAACUCAUCCUUCUUCUUCUUCUUCUUCAACCCCAAAACCCAAAUACCCAUUUUCCACCACAACAACAACAACCACCACAAACCAAUCACCAUUUCCAUUUUUCCCAACUUACCCCUCUUCACCACCACCACCACCACCACCUCCUUCACCAACCACCUUUGCUUCAUUCCCUGCAAACAUAUCCUCUCUUGUUAUUCCUCACUCCCCUCAACCUAACUCCUCUUCUAACAAACUCCUCCCCCUCGCCCUCUCCGCCGUCGCGUGCGCCGUCUUCGCCGUCGCCAUUUUCGCCGGAAUUUACUGUCGGCGACGCCGCCGGAACCGCCGCGCCGACGCCGCCGACAACAAGAGUCCAACUUCUGAUAGCAGCCUCAGGUUGUUCCCGCACAAUGCUCCCCCAACCGCCAUGGGCACCUCCGAGUUUCUCUACCUAGGCACCGUCGUGAAUUCCCGCGCAAUCGAAGACGAUUCCGACGGCGGCGAUUUGCUUACUCGGAAAAUGGAAUCGCCGGAGCUCCAUCCCCUCCCCCCGCUCUCGCGUCCGGCGCUGUACGGAGGAGUUCCGCCGCCGGCGCCGCCGCGGAGUGAUGACGUGGGUUCGACAACCGCGGAGGAGGAAGAGGAGGAGUUUUUCUCGCCGAGAGGGUCGUCUCUGGGAGGCCGCGAGAGCUCCGGCGGAACCGGAUCGGGUUCCCGGCGAGCGUUCUCCGCCAUCAUCGCCGCCGAGAGAAGCCGCGAAUCGAGCUCUGGUUCUCCCCGCUCUUCCACUUCCGGUUCGCCGGACCGGUAUCAUUCGAUCAGCCUUUCCUCGCCGGCGAGUUCAAGUCCCCGGAGUACACAACCAAAAUCACCAGAAUCCACACGUGCAAUCUUAUCACCAAUUCACAACAAUCAACAAGUGCAAUCUUGUUCUUCAUUGUGUUCAUCAUGCUCAACACCAGAGAGAGCUUUCGUUGAAGAUGAAACAAAUGCACGUGCAUCGUCCUCACAUGAGAGAAUUUUGGAGAAAAAAGAAGAUACAUCACCAUCACCAUCACCAUCACCAUCACUAAGGUUAUCUAAUGCUUCCAAUGGAAGUAGAAAGUCCAUAUCAUCAUCUUCAGCUUUUUCUCUGCCCUCUUCACCGGAGAAGGUGAUGCAUCAUCACAGUUUGGAUCAGUCUCCGAGGAUGUCCAGUGUCUCCGACGGGUUAAGGUUACCGGGUUUGUCAUCACUGCCUUUAUCACCCGCCCUGGUUUUGUCACCAGAAACUGAAAGAGCACUUAAUGGCACUUCAACAGUUGCUGAUGGUGAUGGCGUGGCUGUGGCACAGAGGAAACACUGGGACAUUCCUGUACUAUCAACAACAACACCCUCGCCGCCGCCACCACCACCACCACCACCCUUGCAGCGGCAGCGGAAGCACUGGGAAGUGCCAGGUCCCUCAACUCCUGUUGGUCAACCCAUUUUACGGCCACCGGAAUUAGUACCUCCUUUGAGGCCUUUUGUGUUGCAAAAGCCAACGAGUGUUUCCCCUGUUGAGUUGCCUCCGAGUUUGGGGGAAAUUGAAGAGACCUUGAAACCCAAGCUGAAGCCCCUUCAUUGGGACAAAGUUAGAACAAGCUCUGAUCGUGAAAUGGUGUGGGAUCAGCUGAAGUCGAGCUCGUUUAAAUUGAAUGAGGAAAUGAUUGAAACAUUGUUUGUUGUGAACACACCAAACUCAAAGUCCAAGGAUGCUACUCCACACUCAGUUCUUCUCCCGCCAAAUCAGGAGGACAGAGUUCUUGAUCCCAAAAAGUCCCAAAAUAUUGCAAUCUUGCUGAGAGCUCUCAAUGUCACAAUAGAGGAAGUGUGUGAAGCACUUUUAGAAGGUAGUACCGAUACAAUUGGAACAGAAUUACUUGAAAGCUUGUUAAAAAUGGCACCAAGCAAGGAAGAAGAACGUAAAUUGAAGGAGCAUAAAGAUGACUCACCAACCAAGCUUGGUCUAGCUGAGAAAUUUUUGAAGGCAGUGCUUGAUGUACCUUUCGCAUUUAAAAGGGUUGAAGCAAUGCUGUACGUAGUCAAUUUUGAGUCUGAAGUGGAGUAUCUUAGGAAAUCCUUUCAGACUCUUGAGGCUGCCUGUGAAGAGCUGCGAAAUUGUAGAAUGUUCUUGAAGCUUCUUGAGGCUGUACUUAAAACUGGGAACCGCAUGAAUGUGGGGACAAACCGUGGUGAUGCACAAGCCUUCAAACUUGAUACACUUAUCAAACUGGCUGAUGUCAAAGGAGCAGAUGGGAAAACAACACUACUGCAUUUUGUUGUACAGGAAAUUAUUAGAACUGAAGGUGUUCGUCUCUCUGGUACUAACCAAAGUUCAAGCUCUACUUUGAGUGAAGAUGCCAAGUGUAGGAAGCUUGGCCUACAAGUUGUAUCUAAUCUGAGUUCAGAGCUAGCAAAUGUGAAGAAGGCUGCUGCUAUGGAUUCUGAAGUUCUCAGCAGUGAUGUCCUUAAACUUUCCAAAGGAAUUGCAAACAUUGCAGAGGUUAUGCAAUUAAAUAAAAUGGCAGGAUCAGAUGAAAGCAGUCAUAAAUUUACAGAAUCAAUGAACAAAUUCAUUAGAAUGGCUGAGGAGGAAAUUCCAAAAAUUCAAGCCCAAGAAAGUGUUGCUUUGUCCCUUGUGAAGGAGAUAACUGAGUAUUUUCAUGGGAACUUGACAAAGGAAGAAGCUCAUCCAUUUAGAAUCUUUAUGGUUGUAAGAGACUUUUUAGCAGUUCUUGACCGAGUUUGCAAAGAAGUUGGUAUGAUAAAUGAGCGAACCAUGGUUAGUUCAGCCCAUAAAUUCCCUGUUCCAGUUAACCCAAUGCUUCCACAACCCCUUCCUGGAUUACAUGGAAGACAACAGUGUGAUAACUCUUCAGGUGAUGACAGUCCAUAACCUUAGCUAUAUCACUCAUGUGAGUGGCUUCUUGGCUGCA